UCGGGACCAGGGCUGUAAAAUGGCGUCUGGAUGACGAGACUCUCGGCGCUUAUAAAACGGAACCUCAACCACUCAGCAGUCACUUUUUCUGAGCAGAAAAGAGUUCCGCUGACAUGGCCAGAACCAAGCAGACCGCCCGUAAGUCCACCGGAGGCAAAGCCCCCAGGAAGCAGCUGGCCACCAAGGCCGCCCGCAAGAGCGCCCCGGCCACCGGCGGAGUCAAGAAGCCUCACCGUUACAGGCCCGGCACCGUGGCUCUGCGAGAGAUCCGUCGCUACCAGAAGUCCACCGAGCUGCUGAUCCGCAAGCUGCCGUUCCAGCGUCUGGUCCGUGAGAUCGCGCAGGACUUCAAGACCGAUCUGCGCUUCCAGAGCUCCGCCGUCAUGGCUCUUCAGGAAGCCAGCGAGGCUUAUCUGGUCGGCCUCUUCGAGGACACCAACCUGUGCGCCAUCCACGCCAAGAGAGUCACCAUCAUGCCCAAAGACAUCCAGCUGGCGCGCCGCAUCCGCGGAGAGAGAGCUUAAAUCCCCACGCCUCGACAUCACAACGGCUCUUUUCAGAGCCCCACAUCCUCUCGAAUGAGUGUUUGUUCCUAAAUGUUUUCGCUGCAAU